AUGGUUAUUAUCGACAUCGCCACCGUUCUUGAUCAUCAACUGAAGCUGAUAUCAAUGGUGAAAGACACUCUGAAUGCGAUGACCCCUCGCCCCUCAGAUGAGAUUCGUGAUAAGCAUCGCUGGUAUCAAUGCACAGUCCAGAACGCCACUCAGUUCAAUAUAGUUCUCGAAAAGAGUUAUUUUAAUGCUGGAAAGUACCUUACGGCGCCUGAGUCGGUGGGCCCCUAUGGACAAAUGACGUUCACUGCGUACAAUGAUGUGUCGGGGACAUCUACCGGCCUCUCAUUCUGGGCACAUUUAGACGAAAGUCAUCAAUUUCACUUCGCCAUUGGACUUGAUGCUCCGCUGAUGGGAGGCUUCAAGGCUGGGGUUGUCGAAUCAGAUUCUGCGAAAACAGGCCUUGAGAUUGCCACCAGGCAAGGCAAUAGUAUCACUUCGGAAAAUCGGUAUAAGGGAAAGGAUAACGAUGGGAAUGAUCAGGUGAUCGAGUUCCAUGUUGCGACAUAUCCUGGAAUGGAAAUGAAAGCUGCCAUUACUCAGCUCAUCGUUGAUAGCGACAACGAAUAA